AUGGGUAGUGGCAGCACGUAUUUGACAUUGACAAUGUUAGUGAUCGCAGGAUGUUUAAUCUGUAACACAAAAGAGGUUUCUGCGCAAUGUGGAGGAAGUUUGCCGGAUCUGAUAUCGCAGUGCCAACAGUUUGUGCAGAAAACAGGACCAAAGAUUAAACCUUCAGCAGCUUGUUGUGCAGUGCUCAAACAAUUCAACGUGCCAUGUGCUUGCAAACUCAUUACCAAAGAAGUUGCAAGCCUUGUCAGUAUUCCAAAAACUGUGUUCAUCGGACGCUCUUGUGGUUUGAAUCUUCCCGCAGGAAUGCAUUGCGGAGCUAUUGUAAUUCCGCCGGCCAUGAAGUGA